GCCCCUCGUUUCCAGACCUUUGGUACCCGCCACAAUAAAAGCAGCUGCUAAGGAGCGCUGCCUUCACUUUGCCACCAACCAAGUGCCUUCACAGAGAUUUGACCCUCUGCACAAUGUGGCUGCUGAUCUUCUCAGUCUUUUUACUGCCAUGGGUCGGUGGCACCGUCUGGUUCCUGUUCAGAAGGAGAAGCCCCUUCUCUCUGGAGUCGGUGAGACCUCCUGGACCUCGUGUGUUUGAGCAGAGGGAGCGGGACAAAGUCAUCAAACAAGGCUUCAGUCUGGACAAGGUGCCCCGGGACCUGGACGUCAUCGUCAUCGGCAGCGGCAUCGGGGGCCUGACGGCGGCGGCCACUCUGGCCAAAGCCGGGAAGCGCGUCCUGGUGCUGGAGCAACACGACCAGGCGGGCGGCUGCUGCCACACCUACAUAGAGAAAGGCUUCGAGUUCGACGUGGGGCUGCACUACAUCGGCCAGCUCCAUGAAAACAGCCUGCUGCGCGUCGCCUUCGACCAGAUCACCGAGGGGCAGCUGCAGUUCCAGAAGCUGAACCAACACUUUGACACCAUCCGCAUCGGCGAGGGCGGAGAGCGGCGGGAGUACACCGUCAUCUCCGGGAAAACCGACAUGGAGCCCCAUCUGAUCAAACAGUUCCCCCGCGACACGGAGGCCGUCCAAAAGUACUUCAGAGUCAUGAAGAUUUCAGCCAGGAAGACGCACUACCUGGCAACCCUGAAGCUGAUCCCCAGGUGGUUGGCGUUGUUCCUGCUCAAGUCGGGCAUCGCUGACCUCUGCUCCUCCGUCUUCCGCCUUUCUGGCACCAGUGCCACAGACCAUGCGAACACCCUGACCCAAAACAAGGAUCUUCAGCUCAUCUUUUCUUAUCUGUUCUAUGGCGUGCCUCCGAGGGACUCCAGCGCUUUGAUCAAUGCCCUCCUCAUUCAGCACUACAAGCGAGGCGCCUACUACCCCAGAGGGGGCGCCAGUGAGAUCCCCUUCCACAUCAUCCGCACCAUUAGGAAGUACGGAGGCAACUGCCUGGUCAGAGCGCCUGUCACUCAGAUCCUGGUCAAUGGGAAGGGAGAGGCUUACGGUGUGAAGGUGAGGAAGGGUCAGGAGGAGGUGCAGAUUCAUGCACCUGUGGUGGUCUCCAACUGUGGCAUCUUCAACACCUUCCAGAAGCUCGUCCCCCCUGAGAUUCGAGUUAAACAUGAUGUGCAGGAACGAGUGAACAUGAUGAAGAACGCCCGAGGAUCCUUCCUGGUCUUCUCUGGUUUUGAUGGAACGGAUGAGGAGUUGGGGCUCGUACCCACUAACUUCUGGCUGUUCAAAAACAGCGACAUGGACAAGUCGAUGGACGACUACUUUGCACUCAGCAAAGAAGAAGCACCAGAAAACGUUCCCAUGAUGUUCAUCACGGUGCCUUCUUCAAAAGACCCAGAAGCUAAAAUACGACACCCAGGUAAAUCCUGCAUGACCAUACUGAUCAUGGUGAAUUAUGAGUGGUUUGAGGAGUGGAAGGACACCACCGUGCGCAAAAGAGGGGACGAAUACUUUAAGUACAAAAUGAGGUUCGCUAAUUACGUCUUUGACUGGGCCUGCACAGUGUUCCCCAAAAUCAGAGACAAGCUGGUUUUCCAGGAGGUGGCGACACCUCUGACCAACGUGCACUACCUCGGUGCCGAGCGCGGAGCUAUGUACUCAGCUGAGCAGAACCUGGACCGGUACCACGCUGAGGCCGUCGCCAGGUGCAGAUGUGACACCCCUGUAAAGAACCUCUACCUAUCAGGACAAGACGUGUUCAGCUGCGGCAUCGCAGGAGCUCUGCACGGAGGCCUCCUCUGCGCCUCCACCGUCCUGAAUCACAUCGUGUACAUUGACUUGCUGUUUCUGAAGAAGAGGCUGAAGUGGAGGAAGGCCAGAGAGCAGGCCAGGAACAAGCAGCAGUGAAGCCCACGCCCCCUGCAGGGCGGCAGCGGAAGUGCGCGAAGCAGCACAGCACACGCACUGAUAACACAUACCUGCACAGACGCCUGUCAUUCCUCUAAUGCCUGUUGUGAUGCUUAUAUGGAAAACACUGUUUAAAGUGUGUCUCAUGGUUAAUGCAGCUUUAAUUUGCUUUAAAGUGAUCAAUCAACCAAUUAAAACUAAAUAAAACA